AUGCGUGUGUGGGUGGCGGUCGGGACGCUCCUUGCCGUCCAUUGCCAUGCCUGGAGUUUCUUCUCAUCGAAUCAACCUGCAAUCCCUUAUCUUCAUCCAUUGAGUCCAGCCGAGUCGGAUCCAUCGAUAUUCCGAGCAAAACGACAAGCAUAUCAAGUUUACGCUGGUGAUGACGUUUCUGUGACGGUGGACAAAUCGGGAAAAGCCGAAACGGGAAAUUGGGGACCGUGGACAGCCGAGAACACUUGCUCAAGGACAUGCGGUGGAGGAGUCCAAAUCGAGAAGAGAAAGUGCAGCGGAGAGUGCACUGGUCCAUCGACUCGCUACAUCUCGUGCAACACCGACGCCUGUCCCGAGGAUUCAACGGAUUUCCGUGCCUCACAAUGCUCCAAAUACAACGACGAGGCUUUGGAUGGGAAUUAUUAUAAAUGGUUGCCAUACAAGGGAAAGAACAAAUGCGAAUUGUUGUGCAAACCGGAGACCGGCAAUUUCUACUACAAAUGGGCUGAAAAGGUCGUUGACGGAACGAAGUGCGACUCGAAGAGUGACGAUAUUUGCGUUGACGGAAUCUGUCUCCCAUUGGGAUGUGAUGGAAAGCUUGGAUCUGCAAAGAAAGCUGAUAAAUGUGGUGUUUGUGACGGGGAUGGAUCGACGUGUAAAACGAUUGAGGGUUAUUUUGAUGACAGAAAUCUCAGCCCUGGCUAUCAUGAUAUAAUCAAAUUGCCGGUGGGAGCGACGAAUAUCAAAAUCGAGGAGAUGAGAGAUACACCCAACAAUUUGGCCCUGAAAAACAACUCUGACCAUUUCUUCCUCAACGGAAAAGCGAUGUUGUCCGUGGAGAAAGAUGUUGAGGCUGCGGGAACAGUCUUCGAGUAUGAUGACUCGAAAAAGGAGAAAUUGUUUGCCACUGGACCACUGAAAGAGGAGAAAUUGUUUGCCACUGGACCACUGAAAGAGGAGAUUACCGUCUCUCUUUUGUUCCGUGCCGGCAGCAAGGAUUCAGCAAUCAAAUACGAGUUCUCAGUGCCAUUGGAAGAGGUGGAUUACAUGUGGAAAGUCGGUGAAUGGAAUCACUGCUCAGUGACUUGUGGACUGGGAUUGCAAACUCGUGAGCCGUAUUGUCAAGAUGUGAAGAAAGGAUCGAGAGUGAGUGAUGAUCUCUGCGAAGAGCAAAAUGCCACGAAGCCCGAGACUGAGAAGAAAUGCAAAACGGUUGAUUGUGAGGCGGAAUGGUACCAAGGAGACUGGGAGGAUUGCUCGGCGACUUGUGGAGACAAAGGAGAACAAUAUCGAGUCGUUUAUUGUCACAAGGUGUUCGCUGAUGGAAAGCGAAUGACUGUGGAUGAUGACAAUUGCACAGCCGAGAGACCGCCCGUCAGACAGCAAUGCAAUCGCUUCAACUGCCCGGAAUGGCAUGCGGGGCCAUGGUCGGCUUGUUCAGAGAAAUGUGGAGAUGCUUUCCAAUACAGAUCGGUCACUUGUCGAUCGGAAAAGUCGGGCGAAGAAGGGAAACUGUUGGCCGCCAAUUCGUGCAGCGAUGAUGAAACGAUCGAAUCACAAAGAUCGUGCAAUCUUGGACCGUGCGAAGGACUCAAAUUCUACACAAGUGAUUGGAAAUUGUGCGAGAAAUGCAAUGACACCGAGGAGACGAGAAAUGUCUCGUGUAAAGACCAAAUGGGACGAGCGUAUCCGCUGGAGAAAUGCUUGACCGAUAACACCACCGAGAUCCCGAUCGAUACACGCACUUGUGCCACCCAGCAGCCGUGCAUCUACGAGUGGACCACGUCCGAGUGGUCGAAAUGCUCAACCGAGUGUGGACAUGGACACAAAACGCGCAAAGUUUUCUGUGCCAUUCAUCAAUUGGGCGGAUUGUCGGUUGUCGAUGAGGGUCUUUGCCAAGGAGAGAAACCGGAAACGAAAAACAAUUGCACGAAUGAGGAGAAAUGCACGGGCACAUGGUACACUGGACCGUGGUCCAAGUGCACGGAAGAAUGUGGUGGCGGAAAUCAAGACCGAUUCACCGUUUGCCUCAACUACGACAAGAAACCCGUCCCUGAAUGGUGCGAUGAAUUGGAGAAACCAACCGAGAAACAAGAUUGCAACAAGGAUCCUUGUCCAAAAUCUUCAGCUUGCGGCGAUUCGGAGUUCGGUUGUUGCCCGGAUAACACGACAUUCGCCGAGGGGCCAUUCAACCAAGGAUGCUCGAAUUGUUCACUCGCCGAAUUCGGAUGCUGUGCCGAUAAUUACACCCAAGCAACCGGACCCAAUUUCAAGGGAUGCCCUGAAUUCAACGAGACAUCGAUUAUCGACGAGGUGGCUGAGAAUAUUAUGGAGGCCGUUCUUGAAGGAUCGGGAGUCGGCGAUGAGGUAGCAAUUAACGAGACAUGCACGGUGACGAACGAGAACGGAGAGAAAGCCGAGAUCGACUGCUCGAAAGCCGGAAAUGCCACACUUCUUGGGGAUGAUCUUUUCGGAAAUGCGACCGAAGCCGAGAACGCGACUCUUCACUGCUCGAAGACUGAUUUCGGAUGUUGUCCUGAUUGGUACACACCGGCUGAAGGAAAGAACAAUGAGGGCUGUCCAUCAUUCGUUUUGGGUGCGUGCAAUGACACGACGUUCGGCUGUUGCCCCGAUGAGGUCACACUGGCUCGCGGGGCGAAUUACGAAGGAUGUGGAGAGGCCUCAUGUGCCGCUUCGUUGUACGGUUGUUGCAAGGACAGAAAAACGAUCGCUUUCGGACCCCAUUAUGCCGGUUGUGAGAGAUCCUCAUUCCCAUGCGAAUUGUCACCAUUUGGUUGUUGUCCCGACGGAGAAACGGCGGCUUUGGGCAAAAAUGGAACAGGAUGCGGAGAGAAUUGCCUCACUACAAAAUACGGUUGUUGUCCGGACGGACUCACAACGGCUAAAGGUCAUCACAAUGAGGGUUGCGGGUGUCAAUUCGCUCAAUUCGGUUGUUGUCCUGAUGGAAAGAGUGUCGCGAAGGGAGCCGGAUUUUUCGGAUGUCCCGAUACUUGUGCACAAAGUCAAUUCGGUUGUUGUCCGGAUGGUCGAACGGCUGCUCGCGGAGCGAAUAAAGAGGGAUGUCCAUGUCAAUACACGAGAUAUGGAUGUUGCCCUGAUGGAGAGACGACCGCUUUGGGACCACGUUUGGAAGGAUGCGAUGAUUGUCGAUAUGCUAAAUACGGUUGCUGUCCCGAUCAGGAAACGAAAGCGUUGGGUCCAAAUCACCAAGGAUGUCCAUCAACCACUCCAUUGCCAUACAAGAGAGGAGGCACCGUCGCUCCAGCGAUGAUCCAGGCAUGCGCUCUUCCCGAGGACAAAGGAAGCGUUUGCGGAUCCGGAUACAAAUUGUCUUGGUACUACGAUACGACUGAGGGUCGAUGCUCUCAAUUCUGGUAUGGUGGAUGUGAUGGAAAUCAGAAUCGAUUCGCCACUGAGGAGAUGUGCAAAGAAGUGUGUGUUGAGCCGCCAAAGCAAGGUCGUUGCUAUUUGCCGAAGAAUGAGGGGCCAUUGCGCUGCGAUUCGCCAACAGCUCGUUAUUACUACGAUCACAACACAAAACAGUGCGCGGCUUUCUGGUGGAGAGGUUGUUUGGGAAAUGCGAACAAUUUCCAGAGUUGGGAGGAGUGUUCGACAUUCUGCAAAGAUGUUGGACCAUUGCCGGUCGAGACGACCACCGAAGCGCCAAGGACUCCGGAGCCACAGAUCGAAGUUUUGCCUCAAACAGCCACCGAGGCUCCUCAACAACCCCAGCAACAACCCGACAAUCGAUCCCGGCCACCAAGGCCCACAAUGGAAGAGAUCUGUCGAUCCACCGCUGACGCCGGCCCGUGCACUGAAUACAAGGAGAAAUGGCACUACGAUCACUUCACCGGCAAAUGUCAAACGUUCACGUAUGGCGGUUGUGGCGGAAAUUUGAAUCGUUUCGAGACGGAAAAUGAAUGUCAAAGAAGAUGCUCCUUUUUGAAUGACAAGAGAGGACAACAGCAACCAGUCGUUCAACCGCCACCAGCUCCUGGACUCGAGGCUCGCCCAACUCCCCAGCAUCCAGCUACCAAUGAAACGCCGUUGGAUGAGGCGAGAGACCCAAGGAGGGAUCCAAAUCAUCCGGAUCACCAAAAAUUCCAAGAUGACCGAUUGAAAGCGCAUGAAGAAAGACAUCGAAAAAUCCUCGAAGCGCGCAGAGAAGCGGCGAAAUUGAGGGGAAAUCAAGAGAGGAGAGGGCCAAGACCAGCUGCUGAUGAGGAGUUGUUGACAAGGGAUAGAGAAGAACAACAACAUCCUCAACAUCCUCAACAGCCUCAACAUCCUCACCAAUCCCAGCAACGACCAGUCGAGGCCCAACAACAGCCAAAUGAUUUGCCUAGACAUUAUCAACAUCAACAACCACCCAAUGCCCCAACUUCGCCUGCUCAAGGCUCACUGGAGAUCAAUGCUGCCGGACGAUCGUUUAGACCCUCAGUCGGCUCAUCGAAAUCGCGUGACGUUUGUCAAUUGCCCGUUCAAUCGGGCAAAUGCUCGGGCGCCUUCAAGAUGUACUACUUCGAGCCAGCAUCGGGUGCCUGCGAGCAAUUCUCGUAUUCAGGAUGUGGAGGGAACAACAAUCGCUUCAACACGAAAGAAUCCUGUGAAAGUCUUUGCUUGAGAAAAGAUGGAGAGAUUCGUGGAAAUGAAGAGAUCGUCAUUCCACCAAAUGGGGCUGGUGCAGGAGCAAACUCAUUGUGUGAUGAGGCGAAAGACACGGGUCCGUGCGUGCAAUUCCAGACGAAAUGGUUCUACAACAAAGCCGAUGGAACGUGCAAUCGCUUCCACUACGGUGGCUGUGAGGGAACGGGCAAUCGUUUCGACACCGAACAAGCCUGCAAAUCCGCCUGCUCACAACAUCAAGAUUCCUGUUUCUUGCCCAAGGUGCAAGGUCCAUGCUCGGGAAAACAGAAGAAUUUCUUCUACAAUCAAGCCACACGUCAAUGCGAGGAAUUCGUUUAUGGAGGAUGUCUCGGGAAUACGAAUCGUUUCGCGACCAUCGAGGAAUGUCUGGCUCGUUGUGCACCCUCUUCCUCAUCCUCUCCAUCAGCCGCUCGUUCUCCCUCUUCCCUCUCUGCAUUUCUUCCCGUUCAACCCGAGAAUCCAAUCCAUUCACUCCUUCUCUCACCACCAAGAGACUCAAAAAUCAUCCAAUCGAACAAAUGCCACUUGACUCAUGAGCCAGGACCAUGCGGCAACGCUCAAGUGAUGUUCUACUUUGAGCCGUCGAUCAACAAAUGCCUUCAAUUCUAUUAUGGUGGAUGUGGAGGGAAUGAGAAUCGUUUUUUGACACAACGAGACUGCGAAAACGAGUGCGCGCCGGUGAUGCACCAGGCUCUGACAAUGCCCGAGGAGACAAACAAAGAAGAAGCUGAAGAACAAAUGCAAAACGAUGCACCGAUUCUGGAAUUGUAUCGAGGAUUGCCAAGAAACGACGCGGAAAAGAUCACUGACGGAAAAUCAAAAGAAGAAAGCGAUUCAUUCGACGAACGCUUGCAAAUGAUUAAGGAACAAGAAAUUGAGCCGAUGAAGAAAACGGAGAAAUCACCGGAGAAAGAGCAUUUCAUCGUCCCAUCAUCCCCGAUUCCCGAGUUGUGCCUCUUGCCCGGGCAAAAAGGAUCGUGUUUUGGAGAGGAGCUGAAAUGGAGGUACGAUGCCGAUCAAUCUGCUUGUGUCAGCUUUAUGUAUACCGGAUGUGAGCCAAACGCUAAUCAUUUCGAGUCUGAGGAGUCGUGUCUCCGUGCUUGUGGCCCAAUGCGCUCUCAGCCGAUUUGCACUCUCCGACCCGAGAAUGGCACCUGUGAUUUGGCGGUUUCGAAGUGGUAUUUCGAUGUGGGAAUGAGGGAAUGUCGAUUGAUGAUGUGGAGUGGAUGUGGAGGCAAUUUGAACAGAUUCUCCUCCAAAGAAGAAUGUCAAUCGUUGUGUUCGGUGGAGACAAAAUGGGAAAUUGAUGGGAAUUUGUGCGAUCUUCCUCGAGAAAGCGGGCCAUGCAGAGACGCGCUCACACAAUGGUAUUGGGAUGGAAAGGACUCCGAGUGUCGUCAAUUCACGUAUGGAGGAUGUAGGGGAAAUGGAAACAAAUUCGACACUCGACAUCAAUGCGAGAAUCGAUGCAAACCGAAAAGAAUGGAAUCGCUGACGCUCAUCGAUGCACAGACUAUUUGCCGUCUCCCUUUUGAAAAAGGUCCAUGUCCAAGCGAGGAAAUGAAAUGGUUUUUCGAUUUUCAUUCGGGAAAAUGCAAGAAUUUCACCUAUGGAGGAUGCGAAGGAAAUCAGAAUCGUUUCGAAUCGGAGAAUCUUUGUGAGCAAGCGUGUGCGAGUUUACGCGAGAGAGCGAUCAUCGAACAGAAAAUCGCGGUCACUUUGAGCAAAGAGGGCCCAUUCACGACGGGAGACGAGGUGAUCUUGACGUGCAACGGAGAAUUGCCAAUUAUUUGGUUCAAAAACGGGCAAUUGCUCGUGUUCUCGGAGAGAAUUGUGGGCAACUCAGAUCUUUCGAUGGUUAGAAUCUCGUCUUCGGAAAUGUCGGACACUGGCGAGUACACUUGUGCGGUUGGGCCCGAUGGGAUUCUCUCGGAUCGAGCGAUGCUUCGAGUGAAUGAUCCAACUCCAUCCGAUCGGAUCUGUUUCGACAAAGGAAAUGGAAAGACGUGCGCGUUAACCGUUCGGAUGAAACUUUGCGACAAGAAACGUUAUUUCCUGAACUGUUGCCAGAGCUGCACACAAGCCGGCUAUGCUCUACUUUUGGCC